GAGUCAUGUCGUAGGACGGGAUCAUCCAGUUAAGGCGACACACUCGUGUAGUGAGUGUCGUGUCGCGUGCAUCAGUCGCGAUUUUUGCCUUCACUCUAUGAAAGUCAGCUGAUUGAAUUCGUCCAAAUUCGAAUCUCAACCGAGAGACAUGGCGAACUGCAGACUCUUGGGCGCUCUCGUGCGCUGUUCCCGCGCCAACGCGAAUUUUGCUUUGAAAUGCACAGGUUUACACCAAUCCCUAAGAACACUAACAACCGAGGCAAAUAGAAAAUAUUUUAAAUGUAAAAUUGUGAACGAUGUAGCAGUCAUUACCAUGGAUUCACCAGGAGUCCAGUUAAACACCUUAAAUAAGGAAGUAAUAGCGGAAGUAGAAAGUUUGCUGACUGAAGUUCAAUCAAAUCCACUUGUAAACUCAGCAGUUCUGAUUAGCGGAAAACAAAACAACUUUAUAGCUGGUGCAGACAUUUCUAUGUUACAAACUUUUUCGGAUGCCGAAAGCGGUUAUCAACUGGUGAAAGAGGCUCAAAGAGUUAUGAACAUAGUAGCAAACAGUAAAAAACCGAUUGUUGCUGCUAUUAACGGUUCAUGUCUCGGUGGAGGAUUGGAGGUCGCGUUAGCGUGUCACUAUAGACUCGCUGUUAAUAAUAAACAGACCAAGUUAGGAUUACCAGAAAUAAUGCUUGGGCUUCUUCCUGGUGCUGGUGGUACUCAACGUUUGUCUCAGUUGAUUUCUCUCCCCACCGCUCUAGACAUGAUACUCACUGGUAAAACAGUUACAGCUGAUAGAGCGAAAAAAUCCGGACUAGUGGAUAUCGUGGUGAAUCGUCUCGGUCCAGGAGUUGGAACGCCUGAAGAAAAUACAAUGAGAUAUUUGGAAGAAACCGCGGUAAAAGCUGCACAGGAUCUUGCGAACGGAAAGUUAAAAGUCGAGCGUGGUCCGAAGUCUUUUGUGGAUAAGAUAACGCAACAGGUUCUAUCUUUUAACUUUGUCAAGGAUCAAAUAUUCGGGAGAGCAAAAGCUCAGGUGAUGAAAGCAACGGGUGGUUUGUAUCCUGCUCCUCUUAAAAUCUUAGAAGUGGUGAGAACUGGUUUAGAUAAGGGUCCAGUCGUCGGAUUCGAAGCUGAAGCUAAGGGAUUUGGCCAACUAUUAGUUACACCGGAGUGUAAAGGUCUUACCAGCUUGUUCUUUGGUCAGACAGCUUGUAAAAAAAAUCGUUUCGGUUCGGCCAAGAGUGCAGCCAAAAAAAUUGCUGUAAUUGGCGCCGGCUUGAUGGGUGCGGGCAUCGUCCAGGUCAGCAUCGAUAAGGGUUACGAUGUCAUUAUGAAGGAUACCAAUCAAUCUGGACUCUAUCGCGGCAUAGGUCAAAUUCAGAAAGGCUUAGACAGCGCUGUGAAGCGUAAACGAAUCUCCAGUGUGGAAAAAGAUAAAUAUCUCUCGCAUCUCGACGCGACAUUAAACUACAACUCCUUCAAGGAUGUAGAUGUAGUGAUUGAAGCAGUAUUCGAAGACAUUGGCAUCAAGCAUAAAGUCCUAAAGGAAAUUGAAUCUAUAGUGCCGCAGCACUGUGUCAUUGCGACUAAUACAUCUGCAAUUCCCAUCACAAAGAUAGCUGCUGGUAGCAGUCGUCCUGAUAAAGUGAUUGGCAUGCAUUAUUUUUCUCCUGUUGACAAAAUGCAAUUGCUAGAAAUUAUAACACAUAAAGGAACAUCCGAGGAAACUAUCAGAACUGCUGUGGAUGUCGGUCUGAAGCAAGGCAAAAUCGUUAUCACAGUCGGUGAUGGUCCCGGAUUCUACACUACAAGAAUACUUUCUGCCAUGUUGUCAGAAGCGAUCAGAUUAAUGCAAGAAGGUGUAGAUCCAGUGCAGUUGGAUAAGCUGACAAAGGCAUUCGGUUUCCCUGUCGGCGCGGCUACUUUAUCCGAUGAAGUCGGCAUCGAUGUGGGUGCUCACAUUAGCGCCGAUCUUGACAAAGCUUUCGGCGAACGUUUUAGAGGGGGAGAUGUGAACAUUCUUGGCGAUAUGGUCAAAGCCGGUUUUCUCGGACGUAAGUCUGGGAAAGGUAUAUUCGUGUAUGAAGCCGACUCUAAGAACAGGGAAGUAAAUGUCGGCGCGUUAGAUAUUUUGAAGAAAUACACACUCGAGCCUAAAGGUAGCACAUCCGAUGAGGACCGUCAGUUGAGGAUGGUCUCGCGAUUCGUCAACGAAGCGGUGCUUUGCUUGCAAGAAAAUAUUUUAGCUAAUCCCUUGGAGGGUAAUGUGGGAGCUGUGUUUGGCUUGGGCUUCCCGCCUUUUACAGGUGGUCCAUUCCGUUGGGUGGACGCAUAUGGUGCUCAUCGAUUCGUCAAAAAAAUGGAGGAAUUCCAGAGUCAUUACGGCGAGAGUUUCAGACCGUGUCAAUUAUUACUUGAUAUGGCAGCCGACUCUACGCGAAAAUUUCACACGAAAUAAAAAAUCUAUAGGAAUUUACAAUGGCGUCGAUUAACAUUCUUCCAAGUGCUGAACUAGCUUAUGUACUAGUUGGCUUCAGAAUGAGAUAAGUAUCUUAAAAUAAGAUGUGAGGAUUAACUUCUUGUUGUCACAUGCAACUCGAUUUAGGAUUUGCAUCUGUUAUAUCUCGUUUGUACUAUUUUUUUUCAUCUAA